CUGUGUUUCCCUCCGUUUCAGACGUCUGCCGUCGUCCUCGUUGCCAUUGGAGCCACUUCCUUUCUUCUAGUCCUGCUGGCCGGAGAGAGAACGAGAGAGAGAGAGAGAGAGUUUCAGAGGCUAGUGAGUAAAGGCAGAAAACAUGGUGCUGGAUUUGGCCAGCCAGUGAGGGAAAGAGGAAGACGAGUACAAAGCACUCGACUCGCAAAGCCUGAGUUGGAACUGGCUUUGGGUGGCAAGCGCGGGAAGGAGAGGAGAUAGUGCUGGCGUCGGAGGACCAGCCUAAUAAGGAGGAAGAGGUGUGCUGGCUUCGGAAGCCAAGCGUGGGAAGGAAGGGGAAGCGGCGAUGGUUUUGGCGGGCGAGGGCGGGAAGGAAGUCGGAGGGGCGGCGGAUGCGACGGGCUUGCGCGGGAAGGAAGGAGAUGCAGUGCUGUCUCCAGACGGCCAGCGGGUGAAGGAAGGAGCCGCUCCUCCGACUCCUUUGGUGGACACCAGCCGCGAACACAUAAAGAAAUCUCUUCAGGAAGCCGCUCGAACCCUCGCCGCCGAGCCGAUCCACCUCUCGGCUACCAAAGCGUGGGGCGUCCUCGAACCCAUCUCCUCGAAAGCCCGAGACUACUUUCAAGGAAAAAACAUAAUGUUGGUGUCUGACGAGAACAUCAUUGGCCGUGGGAAUGAGAGAUCAAUCUUCCGCUGUGAUUCACCUGUAGUUAGUGGAAGGCAUUGCAAAAUCUUUAGGAGUAAAGUGGUUGAUAAUGUCCCAAAUGCAAAAAAUAGUCUCGUUUUUGCAGUAUAUAUAAGGGAUACAAGCACCAAUGGAACAUAUCUUAACUGGGAAAUGCUGAAGAAGAAUGAUCAUGUUGAACUUCAUCAUGGAGAUGUUAUAUCUCUUGCUAAUCGUCCUGACAAUGAAAACACAUUUGCAUUUGUCUACCGAGAAGUGGAUAAGUCAGUUGUUGCUGAAAAUUCACUUGAAUCUAUACCUUCUAAGAGGAAAACAGGUUCUGCAAAUCUCGGCCCUAACAGUAAGAAACCAAAAGGCCUUGGGAUUGGUGCACCAGAUGGUCCAAUAUCGCUCGAUGAUGUAAGAAUAUUGCAAAGGUCAAAUGAGGACUUGAGGAAACAGCUGGAAACCCAUGUGCUUACCAUUGAGACCUUGCACAGUGAGGCUCGGGCAGCUGCAGCUCAUCAUGAAACUGAAUUGAAGGAGCUGAAGGAAUCAAUUUCCCUUUCAUAUGCUGAUCAAGUCAAGCAUGUGCAUUCUUUAUUGGAAGCCAAACAAAAGGAGCUUGAUGAGGUUAGUGUCUUAUCAGAAGAAAGGAAAAGCUCAAUUGCUGAUCUCAAUGAACGGCUUGCAGCUGCUAUACAAUCAAGGACUGAUGCCGAUGGUAUUAUUAAUAGUCAGAAGACAACUAUAUCAGAGCUUGAGUCGCAGCUAGAGGAAGAACGUAAUCAACGCAGAGUGGAAAGAGAACAGGCUGCAGUGGAUCUGAAGUCUGCACUGGAAAGAGCUCGUUCAGAGGCUGAGGAAGAAAUAAAGCGGCAGAAUGAUGCUGCCUUGAGACAACAAAAUGAGCUACAAGAAGUUAUAAGUAAACUUCAGGAAUCUGACAAAGAAAGCCGUGCCCUUGUGGAGUUGUUGAGAAGCAAACUGGAGGAUGCACGUGAAAGUUUUGUUAAAUCUGAGAAGAAGGUUCGGCAAUUAGAAGCAAAGAUUCAUGCGGAACAAAUUGCCUCUGCAGAUGCCCAAAAAAAAACAGAAAAUAUGGAGGCAGAAGUAAUAAGAUUGAGGCACGAGGUUGAGAAGGAAAAGCAGGUAGCUCGUGAAGAGGCAUGGGCUAAGCUGUCUGCCCUUGAGCUUGAAAUGGCUGCUGCCAUUCGGGAUCUUUCUAUUGAAAAACAAAAGUUUCAGGGUGCUAGAGAAAGAAUAAUUCUUCGGGAGACACAGUUACGUGCAUUUUAUUCCACAACAGAAGAGAUUUCUUCCCUUCUUGCUAAGCAGCAAGCACAGAUCAAAGCAAUGCAAAGAACAUUGGAGGAUGAAGAAAACUGUAUUGAUAACCAUACCAACACACGUGAAAUGUUGAAGAAUAGUAGAGAAGCAAGUUGUCUGAAAAAUGUUGCUGGUGAAGCUUCCACUGCCUCAACUCGGAAAAACGUCAGGAGUUUGAAGAAUAUGGCUAGUGAUGGCAGCAGCACAGAGAAACACUACUGUGGACACAGAAGCCAUGAGUGUGGUGAAGAAGAGGAAACCCAAGAUGAGGAAUGCACCAGCAGAGCACAUGAAAAGCAAGGAUUCGGUUCUGAUAUUGAUCUUGCUGAUACGCUACCAGAUAGAAAUAACCAAAUUGGCACUGAGCAGGUGGCUGGAACAGAGGCUCAAGCUUCUCCCUGUGGCCUAGGCAUUCCACAAAAUACUUCUUAUAAAAGUGAUUGUGUAGCAGGAGAGACGAUGGAGGUUGAUGAGGAACUGGAAGGACGACACCAAUUUGUUCCCUUGCAUGUCGUGUCACCUUCUGUAAAAUCAUUAGAUGCAGAGGCUAACCACGAGGAAAGAGAAAGUGGAGGCUCCGGAAGGCAUGGGCAUCUUGAGGUUCCAGAAACCAUGGAGGAGGAUACUCAAGCAGGUAGCAAGGAUGAUGUGCGCAUGAUUGGAACAGCUGAUUUAUUGGCAUCGGAGCCUCUUGGCAGUUGGGCAGCAAGCACUGCUCCUUCUUGCCAUGGAGAGAACGAGUCUCCUUGCAGUGCAGAACGUAUUACUGCUGCCGCCGCUAACCUGGCCAGCAAAGAAAAAACUCCUCAGCAGGACCUUUGUGCGAGUCAAGUGGCAACUAAUGAUUUCCUGCAAAAUAAGGAAGAUGUGAAGCCAUCAACUGGGCUGAUGGAGGAGGAUACAGAGAUUCAAUUGCCUGCAGCAGGUAGCCAGAAUGUCCCUGUUAGGGACAAUGCUGUUAAAAUGAGUCAAGAGCAGCGACAAUUAAGUGCAAUGAUUGACAUCAUUGAUCCUGACUUUAGAAAGAAAUUCCAGGACACCGAGAGAUUGGAUGAAAGUCGAUCAUCAGAUGAGGAUACGCAGGAUUACAGCCACAGCAGCAGUGAUGGAACAGAUGAAGGCUCUGGUGAAAGUGCUUGAUGGCCUAAGUGGCUAAUCGCCGAUGUCCAAUGUUAUCAAAACGGGUUUCUGAAUGGAAUUGGAAAGCCUAUUGAUUUAGUGA